CGAUAGCUCUUUCCACUCUCAGUCCCGCCCUCAUAAUUAAAAUCCGCUGCCGGUUCGACCCGCCAUUCGCUAUGUUGAAACGGAAGCGCGAGAGCAAUCCCAGGGGCCCCGGAGGAGGGGGCGCCGAAGCGAUGGGUCAGCGCAGGGGAGAGGUGGAGGAGAAGCUGGUGCAUGGGAAGAAGAUGCUUAAUCGGGCGCUGAAGACGGCGAAGGGGUUUGAGUGGCAGAAAUUGGUGAAGCGGAUUACGAAUGCGAAAGCGGAGGGUGGCGAUUCUGAAGCGCAAGUUGCUAGGCUGGAAAGGGAGCUUAAAGUGCUUAAGGAUCUCGAGAUGCAGGCGCUGGCGGAUGCGCAUGUGCAUAAGACGCUGUUGAAGUCGAAAACGAUCGCGGAGUCGGGGUUACUGCCGGAUUAUGUGAAGCCGCCGGUGCGAAAGACUGGCUCAGAAGAGGAUAUACUGGCUAUGGAUAAUGUGACGGCGAGGCUAUAUAAUACGAAGCCGGUGAAGGAGAAUAUGACCCAUAUCAUGACGAGCAUUUAUGCGGUUACGGGAAUACCGAACCCAGCGAAUAAGCCGAAGUUAAAAGGGAAGGAGGCAAAGGAACCGCCAGCAAAGAAGUCGAAGGGAGACGACAAGGAGGGGGCCACGAGCAAGAGCAAAGAGAAGCUGGUGGCUGAUAAGAAGGAGGAGAAGGGGGUAGAGCCGGCUUGGGAGGGGUUCGAUUCCGGAUCUGAGUCUGAUGGAGAAUCAAUCGACUUCUCAAAGUACGAAGGGCGAUUGGGUGGGUCGUCGGACGAUGAGAGCGACUCCGAUAGCGCGGAAGAGCUGAAGAGGCCGGCAAAGCCGGUGAAGAGAACAAUCAAGUCAAGAGGGAUUUCGGUGUCAGUGUCGGGAUCGGAUGACGAAGGUGAACCAGAGGAAUGGGUUCUAUCAGACGAAGAAGAGGAUUCAGAUGAAGAUGACGACGAUAAUGUGAUAGAGCGAUCUCACUCCCCACCUACGCGAGAGAAGAAGAAGCAACGCGAGCCACCGAAGCCGUUAAAGCCUGGAUCACAAUUCCUACCCACGUUAAUGGGCGGCUAUUGGUCUGGGUCUGAGGAGGAGGCUACCGAUGUAGAGGAUGAGGUGGCGCCAGCUCCGAGAAAGAACAGACCGGGCCAGCAAGCGCGCCGUGCUAUUUGGGAGAAGAAGUUUGGCAAGGGAGCGAAUCAUGUUAAAAAUGCGCCGCCACCGAAGGAGAAGGAUGUCGUGUGGGAUGCUAAGCUCGGCGCGGUAUCCUCUGAGGGGUCUGGUAGAGGAAGAGGUAGAGGUGGAUUCACUCGGAAUAAGUCCCAGGUUACAGGCGAGAACGCUUCGGAGCUUGGGCCGAGGAAAUCACGAGGAGUGGGGAGGAAGGACGAUGUCGGGGUCUUGCAUCCCAGUUGGCAAGCAGCGAAGAAGGCGAAGGAAGAGAAAAAGGCAGCCAAGUUCGAGGGCAAGAAGGUCGUCUUCUAGAGAAGUUGUUGAGAAUAUAUUAUUAUCAUUUCAUCUCCUCCUGUUCCUAGCCCGCCAUUGGAUUAUCCCGUGGUGAGGGCGAUCAGGCAUAACACGUGAACUACUAGAUGAACUGCCGGUCCACCCAAACUGGUCCGCAAAGCGGACUCAUUGCGGAUAAGACGAGACAUGGCCCGCAACGCUGGGCCUAGGUGGUAGAUCCCUAGAGCACAUGCGACGCGCUGGCUCACCUUAUUGAUGGGCCGUAGCAGGAAGACCAAAGCUAUAAGAUUGGUGCAUAUGAGGAGUAGUGCGUAUUGUCGAACUAAGGCUUCGGCGAAGGGAGAGGCGGUAGCGAGUUGGAGUUCCUGCGAUGGAUUGACGAAGAAGUUGAGUGCUGCGGGAGUCUCGACGAGAAUAUGCACUCCGAAAGCGAUGUGGAGGAAGGCGAUCAUGGCCUGACAUCCGCACAUAAAUCGUGGCAGUCGUUCAAAUCGCAGCACAACAAUAAGUACU